CCAUGGAGGCUCCGUGGCCCCAUAGCGGCCUCUGGGGCCUGGUCCUGCUGCCCCCCACGCUGCUGCUGGCGGCCAUUUGUGCCCGGUGCCGCCGGCCCCACGGCCCCGCCCCCCCGGCACCUUCGUGGUUCUCCCCCCCCAGCGAUGUGAGUGACGAUUGGGUCCAUGUAGCACCUCCCCCCCGCCCCCGCAGCUCCCCCCUCCCCCCCCCUCCCCGGGCCCCUCCCCCCGCCGAGGAGCACGAUGAGGAUUACACCAACGACCCCUACGUCACCGGCUACGUUGACGUCAUCCCGGACGAGGCGAGCGACCGCACAGCGCCCCCUGGUGGCGACUACGAGAAUGUCCCGGAUGGAGCCCAGAGCCCCUUUGGCGGCAGCCUCGAGUACAUCAACCUCCCCGCAGGCGGUGCGAGCGAGAGCGAGGACAAUGGAGGAGACUACGAGAACUUCUAGGUCACGUGACCCC